AUGAAGUACGUUCUUGUGUCCGGAGGCGUCAUCUCCGGCAUCGGGAAGGGUAUGACCGCUUCCUCGACCGGUCUGCUGCUGAAAAGUCUGGGCCUGAAGAUAUGUCAACCGAACACUACCGCCAUCAAGAUCGACCCCUAUCUAAACAUCGAUGCCGGGCUUAUGAAGCCGACCGAGCACGGCGAGUGCUUCGUGCUCGACGAUGGCGGCGAGGUCGAUCUGGACCUGGGAAACUACGAACGCUAUCUCAACAUCACCUUGACUCGAGAGAACAGCAUCACGACGGGAAAGGUGUAUCAACAUGUCAUUGAACGGGAAAGAAGAGGAGACUAUCUUGGAAAGACGGUACAGGUGGUCCCCCACCUGACAAAUGCAAUCCAGGACUGGAUUGAGAGGGUUGCGCGGAUCCCGGUCGAUGAUUCCAACGAAGAGCCCGACGUUUGUAUCAUCGAGCUCGGCGGUACAGUCGGUGACAUUGAGAGUGGACCGUUUAUCGAAGCCUUGGUGCAACUUCGAAGAAGAGCCGGUCCACACAAUUUCUGCCAGAUUCAUCUCUCUUGGGUGUUCAUGAUCAACGAGGAGCAGAAGACUAAGCCCACACAGGCAGCCUUCGCGGAUGCACGCAAAGCUGGUUUUGCGCCUGAUCUGAUCGCCUGUCGUUGCGAGGACCCGCUCGCUGACGCGACCAUCCGAAAAAUCUCGGAGAACUGCCAUAUCGCCCAAAGUCAGAUCAUUAGCGUACACAACGUCGAAUCGACUUAUCGCGUUCCCAUGCUCCUGGAGCAACAAGGCCUGCUCACCGUACUCAAGAGACUCUUCGACCUUGAAUCCUACCCCAUCUCCAAACCGUUGAAGGAAAAAGGCGAACGGCUGUGGAAGGACUGGAAAGCCCUGACAACGUCACAGAACCGGUUUCUAGAAUCCGAAAUAGUCACCAUUGCUUUAGUGGGCAAAUACAUCAGCCUCCACGACUCCUAUUUGUCGGUCAUCAAAUCUCUCGAACACAGCGCCAUGGCUUGCCACCGCAAGCUGGAUAUUGUUUGGAUUGACGCGAGUGACCUAGAAAAGGCAACUAUGGAGUCCUCUCCGAAAUCCUAUCACAAGGCAUGGCACCAACUGUGCACAGCUGAUGGUGUCCUGGUCCCUGGUGGAUUUGGCCAUCGUGGCACAGAAGGUAUGAUCGCCGCGGCGAACUGGGCGCGCACCAAACCAAAACCCUACCUGGGUAUCUGCCUCGGCAUGCAGAUUGCCGUCAUCGAAUAUGCUCGCAAUGUGUGCGGACUUGGCGAAGCACACUCUGUCGAGUUGGAUGCACGUACCCCAGAUCCCGUGGUCAUCUUCAUGCCGGAGAUUGACAAGACGACGAUGGGUGGGAACAUGCGGUUGGGUCUCAGACCAACACUUUUCCAGGAGGGCAGCGAGUGGUCCCGGCUGCGAAAAUUAUACAACAAUGCCCCGAGCGUCCACGAGCGACACCGCCACAGAUACGAAGUCAACCCUGAAUACGUCGAGCGCCUCUCGGAGGCAGGCAUGUCGUUCAUCGGCAAAGACGACAAAGGGGAACGGAUGGAGAUCGUUGAGCUCAAAGACCAUCCCUUCUUCGUUGGCGUCCAAUUUCAUCCCGAGUACCUGAGCAGGGUGCUUCAACCGAGCCCGCCGUACUUGGGUUUCGUCGCGGCAAGUGCAGGCCUCUUGGAGCAGGCUACUGCUGCAGUGGCACGCAAAGCCCAGCAGGUCGCAGGGGCUGGCGGCUAUACCGACGUCACCAGUGUCUUGGCCAGUGAGCUGCACAAAGUCUCCCUUCCCGGAUCAGGCUCUGGAUUUUAG